AUGUCCGCGGUUCGCGCCUACGGCCGCUCCCUGAAUGACUUGAAGGCUCUCACCAGACGUCUAGACUGCGAACGGCGAAGUCUGACCAAAAAUUCUGCGUUGGCGAUGCUGCUGGUUACAGUUUGUAGACGGAUACUUCCUGCCCGGAAGAUAGAUCCUUCUGAGCUGACCAACAUACAGGCUUCACAUCAAGGAUAUCUUCAGAUUUUGGACUUCUACUUCUUUUCGGAUGCAAGCCUUUACUGCUUUGGGGAACACUUCUCCGGGCCGAAUUGGUUCACUCGCUUGAAGCGAAAUGUUGCCAUACUGUCUGUUUCGGACUUGGAUGGAACUAGUGUCUACAAUGACUUUGCGGUAAGCGGUGAGUACAAGACUCCGGGCGCGCCGCUGGCUCCCGACAACGGGCCUCUUCAGUCGAUUGAAGCUGCCGUGUCUGGCCUUGCAUUCCCGAACAUCAGCGCUACUUCGGUUUAG